AUGUCGGAGCAUACCAUUGAAAGACAGCUACGAGGCUCACCAACCAAAAAUGUUUUCAAAAGAUUGAGUACUUCGCCGAACAAAAAACUGCUUCCAAACACAAAUCGAAAGAGCUCUAGUAAACUAUCGCCUGAGAGGGGACAGAACGCGUGGGAGCGACCUGUUGUGUACCAGGCCACGCCAAAACGGCUGAAAUCACCCCCAUAUCUUCUCGAUCUCAAACCUCCAGGUGGAACACUGAGUGUUGAUCGUGUGCACUUCAAAAAUGAUCCGGAAGACAAUUCCAUACAGCUUUCAUUCCCCACGUCUCCAGUACGGACAACAUAUAGCAAUUCUACGGCAUCUGGUGGUGAUGGAUCACUGAGUAGAAUUCGUACAAGGUUCGGCGGAGGUCAAAGGUCACCAGGAAAAGUGUCAAAUGCAACAUUAAGUGCUGUGACAACAACUGUCAAUUCGGCCAGAAAUUUGCUUCCCGAACUUCAGGAGCAAGAUGAAGUAGCUCUAGAAAAUAAGAGUAGCUCUGGUAAUGACUACGAUAAUUAUAAACAUCGGUCAAGUCUCCCCAAAAUCUCCGCAAAUGACGGUUUCAAGAUACGAAAACCAAGAUCUUUGAACCCAAAGAAAAGCGUCAAGUUUGAAUCAGAUAUGGCGGAAAAUGACGUUCAAGAACAACUAUCAAAAAUAGUUUCUAUGCUUUUAGAAAUUAUGGAGCGACAAGACCGGCUUGAGGCAAAAGUAAGUUCUAUGGAUCGCGUACGUAAAUCAUAA